AUCAUUUUUCCGCCCAAAUUUCCCUCUAUAAAUCUCCCCUCUCCACCCAUCUCUCUCCUCAUCCUCUCCCCAAAUUAAUCUCACUGCAAAACCCUCUCAUCUCAGCCAUGUCAAAAACCAUCUCCAUCUUGCUCCUCUUAGCCCUCCUCCUCCAACCCUUUGCUGAAUGCAGCAGCAGGGGAGCCAGCUCCAUGGAGAUUAUGCACAAACAGUUGUUCAUGGAGAUGAAGAAGAAGAUGGCCUUGAAGAAGCUGAUCCUUGACCACGGCCCCUCUGGCAAGAACGAGUUGCCGGAAGAUUGGCAGCUCAGGGGGGUCCCGGCCGGCCCCGACCCGUUGCACCACAACGGGCGUGAGCCGAAGAAGCCACAAACUCCAUGAUUUCAAAAUGAACAACGGAAAAUAGAAAAAUGCUCUGUUUUUUUGGUUAUCUAAAGUCAUCAUCUAUGUAAUAUAAUAUCCAAUCAAUGCAGGCAGAUUAUGUAAUAUCCAAAUCACUACUACUUCAACUUUGUAAACCAAUCUACUUUUAUAUAUA